AUGGGUGCUCCCCGCGAUGCAUAUCGGCGCUUGAGUGUCGUGGUGCUGGCAGCGGGGGUCCUGCUGCUGGGCACCUCGGCGGCGCGCACGGGCCCUCCCCUGGACGGGGAAACCUGCCCGGACUACGGCGACAUCGUGGACAGGGAGAGCAUGCAGGGCUUCGACAUCGAGCGCUACCAGGGGAUCUGGUACUCCGCCGCGGUGCACGAGCCCUCGGAGCCGGCGGCCUGCCGCUGCGAUCAGUACAACUGGACGAUCACCUCGCCAGAGACGUACUCGAACCGCCUGACCGCAUCCUGCGGCCGAUUUCCCCUCGACCUGUCCAUCGUGGGCAAGAUGUCCUCGGACCCGGCCAACCCGGGCGACACGCUGGAGGGCAUGCCGCCGGCCUUCCCGCUCAUCCCCCUCCAGAUCCUGUACGUGGAGCCCAACGGGACGAGCCAGGAGUACACGGCGUGCAUACGGUACGCCUGCAAGAAGGACUACUGGGUGGCCGCGCCGCCGUUCUACUACCCGCUGUUCGAGUCGGUGCAGAUAUUCACGAGGGAGCAGGUGGCGUCACAGGCCACCCUGAAUCGCCUGGUUCAGAAGGCAGUUGACAUAGGCAUUGUUGAGGACGUGUCGAAACUCAGAAACCUCACGUACUCCGGCUGCUCCGCUCCCUCUGAGAUUCAAGGAUUCGAUGAGGUGGUUUACACGUGA